AGUGACAGUCCGCUGUGAAUGUCAAAUUUUACAUCAAAGAAAAGUCAUCUAACUUUUUAUUAAUUUGCAAUUUAUUUCGACUUUAAUUUACAAAUCAUAGUGAAUUAAAUUGAUGUCUAAUGCUGGUAAGGAUCCAUGCAAACCUUUCGCCUGCGCUAUACAAGCUUGCUUAAAGGAACACAACUUUCAGGAACAUAAAUGCAGUGAGGCGCUCGAGCGAAUGCGUUUGUGCUGUGUAAAGUGGCAUAAGCAGUCGAUCUGUUGUAGUGGUAUUGAUUUGGAAAAAUCGUAUUUACCAAAGACGAAAACAGAAAGCAAUCCAAAGUAA